UGACGGGCCCUGGCCGGCUCCUGACGGGCCUUCCCUUCUUCUUACGCCUUAGGUGUUGAUUUUAAAGUGAAGAAGAUGGUGGUAGACGGCCAUGUGGUCCAGCUUGCGAUAUGGGACACAGCAGGACAGGAGCGCUUUAGAACACUGACUCCCAGUUAUUACCGCGGAGCUCAAGGGGUUGUUUUAGUGUAUGAUGUUACAAGAAAAGACACUUUCGCAGGACUAGAGAGCUGGCUGAAUGAGCUGGAAAUGUAUACCUCCAAAAGCAACACUGUGAAGAUGUUAGUUGGCAAUAAAACCGAUAAGCCUGAUCGUGAAGUAGAGAGAAAAGAAGGACUCCAGUUUGCUAGGAAACGCUCGCUGCUUUUUAUAGAGACCAGUGCCAAGACGCAGGAUGGAGUGCAACAUGCCUUUGAGGAACUAGUUUUAAAGAUCCUGCAGACACCAGAUCUUUGGGAUAAAAGCACAGAGAAGCGGGGAGUCCAGCUAAUGGAAUCGUCAGCACAGCAGCAGAAAAGCUUAUGUGGUGCAUACUGCCCACUUGCUUAAAUCUACAGGUGGCUGUUCUGUCUGAAUAGACUUUUUCUUAAAAAUGGGGGAGCCAAGCGCUAGUCUGUGCCUUGCUUGACCCGCCACCAGUUGUGUAGAUGCAAACCCCAAACUGAUUAGCAAAAUACAUUUCUCUUCAUUAACAAAAUAGAAUUUCUAUUUCCCUUAUGCACAGCUGGUAUCUCCAGAUAUUUUUCUGGUAACUGUCAGAUUUUCCACUAUUAAAUCAUAAUGCUUCUUAGAGUAUUGUGCUUCUGCUGUACAGCAUUCAACAUGGGCUUUUUCUGAAAUUCCUGCCUUAGCAUAACAUAAGGUAGUACUCCAUUUUGGAAAAUUAUUGAACAGCUUUGCUUCCCCAGAAUGGCGUGGGAGCCUUUUAGGCAACCAUGUUCCCUUAAAUGUAGUUAACAGUCAGGAGUCACCCUGAGCAGUGACACUGUUUCCCUAUUUCAGAUGGUUUUAAGUAGUCAAAAUUGCUACGUGUUCCCAAAUAAUAAGUUGAGUUAUUACUUAAUAUUAGGGUUAUAGUGAAGAGGCAUAUCUAUUAACGUUUGGCAGGAAAAAAACCCCUUCCUGUGCAGUACACUGUAAGUUACCCCUUGCUGCUCUUAAAUACUUUGUGCCGAGGAUCAGUGGUGAAAUGGAGCAGUCAUUUGGGGCUGGUGUACACUGUGGAUCCUUUUUGCAGUGAACGGGGCUCUCUGCAAACAGGUGUUCCUGCCCUCAUUCAGCAGCUGCAGGGCUCAAAUUAAAUUUAAUAUAAAAUGUGCUGGUUAUGGAAGACUUUCCACUAGGAUGAGUCUGUCUAUUGCCAGUCCCAUUAUGAAGUUCUGCCAGAUAACAGCCUCUUUACCUUUUCCCCCCCAUUAAACUCACUGCCUUUUCUUAAAAACAAACUGAGUCACGGAAGCUGUUAGCCUAGACUCUGAUCUUGGUAGCAAUGCCUCUAAAAGACUUCUGGUAGGCUGCCUGUAAUGCUGUAAAAGUAUCAGAUUUGGGGAUAAUAUUAAAAACAUUUAAAAUGUAAACUGAAAUGCUUGUUU